AUGUCUGGAAGGCUGUGGUCCAAGGCCAUUUUUGCUGGUUAUAAGCAGGGUCUCCAGAUCCAGAGGGAGUACACAGGUCUUAAAAUUGAAAGUGUUUAUGCUCAGGAUGAAACUGAAUUCUAUCUAGGCAAGAGUCGUGCUUGUGUUUCCAAAGCAAAGACCAACACAGUAACUCCCAGUGGAAAACAGAACAAAACCAGAGUAAUCUGGGGAAAGGUAACUCACGUUCGUGGAAACAGCAGCGUAGUUUGUGCCGAGUUCCAAAGCAAUCUUCCUGCUAAGGCCAUUGGACACAGAAUCCAUGUGAUGCUGUACCCCUCAAGGAUUUAAAUUUAUUGAAAAGUAAAUAAAAGUGUGGAUUUGUUCUCUUGCUUAAAAAAAACAAA